GAUGCUGCUCGACCGCACCUCGCACGUCGACCUCCUCGUCCUCGGCCUCGGCUGGACCGGCUCGUUCCUCCUCCCGCACCUCGCCUCCCACCACAAUGACCUCACCGUCGCCGCCACCACCCGCGACGGCCGCGACGGCACCCUCAAGUGGGCGUGGGAUCCCGAGGACGACGGCAAGGACCAGUACGCGGCCCUCCCGAGGGCAAAGACGGUCGUCGUCGUGUUCCCGCUCCGAGGUGAGGGCUACAGCACGCGCCUCGUGCGCGGCUACGAGGAGUCGGUCGGGCAACGUGUGCGGUGGAUCCAGCUCGGCUCGACGGGCAUCUUUGACGGCGGUCCUACGCUCGCCUCGUUGAGCGCCAAGGCCGAGCACGACGAGAAGCCCGCUGCCGCGCCCAAGUUCGAGUGGACGACCCGACACUCGCCGUACGACCGCAAGAACCUGCGCGCCAUCGCCGAGGACGAGCUCCUGUCGCAGCACUCGGACACGGUCGUGCUCAACCUCGUUGGUCUCUGGGGCGGCUCGCGCAACCCGGCCAACUGGUUCACCCGCAUCGCGCCGACGCCCGAAGCCCUCGAGGGCAAAGGCUCGCUGCACCUCCUCCACGGCAUCGACCUCGCGCGCGCCAUCAUCGCCGUCCACCUCGCGCCGACCCUCCCCUCCUCUUCCGCGGCGACGGGCGCCGGGACGGGCCAGCGCUGGAUCGUGAGCGACCUGCGCGUCCUCGACUGGUGGGACCUCGCCUCGGCGCACCCUCUCGCCGGCCCUCCCCCGCCAGCCGCCCUCCUCAGCACCGGCGAGCGCUCGCCCGACCGCGCCCUGUGGGUCCAGGACCUCAUGCGCAAGCACGGCGUGCGCGCCCUGCCGAGGACGCCGCGCGAGCUUGGGCGCGCCAUCGACGCGCGCGAGUUUUGGGAGGCGUUCGGGCUCAUGCCGGUCCGGGGCAGGUGGGAGGAGGCUAGGGCGUAGCGCACUGUUGUCCUACU